GUGCAUAUACCAUGAUCUAACUGUGAGGGAAUACGUAUAAAGAAUGUUACAAUAUCGACUUCAGUUGUAAUCCCUAAACUCUACCAAAGAUGUCGCCACACAUCAGAUGUUAGUUUUUAUAUAGGAUUUGUAAACUUGGUAUGUUUGGUGUUGGUACCGUUGUCCGCCACGAUCGUUAAAUCAUAGAGAAGUCAGAAGAGUUUGAUAUAAAGUGUCAGACUUGUUUAUUUCUUCGACAAUUUUAAAGCUGACAUUAAAUAAAAUAAUCAAAAUAAUCAUGACUGACGCAGAAAGUUUAAAGGAAGCAAUUGCACAAUACGAACAGCAACUAACUCAAGUUCAAGCAACUUUAUCGACGACAACGGAAGAAACUGACAGGAAUAAUUUAUUAAGUUUACAAUCAGAUAUACAAGAACUAAUUACCUUAACGAAAGAAAGUUUACAAAGCAUUGAAAUGGCUGAUGUAGGGAACACGUCAAAGUUUGAAGAUUCAGGUAACGAAGACGAUGAUCCAUUGGCAAGAGAGUAUGCCUUGUUUAAGGCAGAACUGGAGAACGCUUCGAAUGAUUCUGAAAACACUGAGCAGGAUAGACAAGACGGUGACUCCAAUAAAAUAGAAGAAGAGUUGAGGCAGCUAGAAGGUAUGAAAUGUAGAGCUCCUCAUGGUAGCAGUUGGGGAGGGAUCGGUUAUCAUAAUGCUAUGGUAUCCUCUGUUUAUCAGAACGAUGAUACAGAAAUAAAAAACAUGCAAGAUAUAAAGGUCAGGGUAUUGUUUUUGAAUCCGACACAUAGAGAGAUGCUUCCAUGCCCUUACUACUUAGAUGGAAGAUGUAAAUUUUCUGACGAGGAUUGUAACUUUUCGCAUGGAGAAUUAGUACCAUUAUCUAGUAUACAAGAAUAUAGAGAGCCAGAUUUUCAAAGUAUAAAAACAGGUAGCAGGGUAUUAGCAAAACAAAAGAAUGAAUUAUGGCAUAGGUGCAUUGUACUGAAAAUACCAGAUAAAGAAGGCGAUCCCUUUCGGGUAAAAUUCGAAUCAAAUGGUAAUAUUGUAGAGGUUUGUCUACAACAUCUUUUACCUCUUGAUGAUGCAGAUUUGGAAAUGUCAGAUACAUCUGAUGAUGCUGACAGUGAAAGUGAUACAACAGAUUAUUCCAGAGAUCAAGUAAUUCACAAAUCGCUUCUCUCUGUAGAACAUAAUGCACCACUAGGAAAUUGGGAGAAACAUACACGCGGUAUAGGUAGUAAAUUAAUGGCACAAAUGGGAUACAUAGUAGGAACUGGUCUUGGAAAACGUGCGGAUGGUAGAAUAGAACCUGUUGAAGCAACAGUAUUGCCAGCAGGAAAAUCAUUAGAUCAUUGUAUGGAACUACGAGAAAAUGCAGGUGGAGACAAAAAUUUGUUUUCUGUGGAACGCAGAAUGCAAAAACAACAACAAAAGUUAGAACAACAAAGAGAAAGGCAGUACCAAAGAGAGAAAGAACGGGAACAAAAUAAUGUAUUUAAUUUCAUAAAUUCAACUUUAGGUGAUAAACCUAAAAUUGAAACACAAAACACCAUUUCAAAGAAUAAAAAUAAUCUUAAGACAGAGACAAAUCGACAACUGAAUGUAGCAAGUUUCCAAAUUGGAGAAAAUAUUUUAAGAUUAGAGAAAGAAUCGACUAAAUUAAAAGAAUCAUUGACAAAACAUGUAAAGGGAAGCGUUCAUUAUAAUAACAUCGCGAUGAAGUAUAACGAAAAACAAAAAGAACUUGUUGGUCUAAGGGCAUCCCAAAAAAGUAUUACUGCUGAGCAAGAUCAACGAAAAAGCCGAGCUAAAUUAUCUAUAUUUUGAUGUACAUACAUUUACAGUUUUAUCUUUCCACAACUUAGAUUAUAAAAAGUGUUUACCAAUAUGUAAAAAUAAAUAAAUAAAUCUUACAACUAACAUA